ACAAUAAGUUUCCCCGGCUCGUCAGAUGGAUAAAAAACCGUCAGGUGAUUUUAAGAAAUGCUGAAAUGGUAAACAUCAGAGAUGUGAAGGAUUUAAGGCAGAAAUUGAAGGUGACACUGAACCCUCAGACAUGCAGAGGACUGGUGGACUGUUUUCUGAUUCGAAAGCAGAAAGAAGAGGACUCUUGUGUCAAADACACUCAGUUCACUGAGGAGAACCUGUUAUAUACAGUGGUAAACCUGUUUGCUGCUGGAACCGACACCACAGCUGCAUCUCUGAGGUGGRGUUUGCUGCUCAUGGCAAAGUAUCCACACAUUCAGGACCAGGUUCAGGAGCAGGGGCGGAUCUAG